ACGUGUCCUUGGGUUUGUCACUGACAUGUGAGCAACAGAAACAUGCCUUUCCCCAAAAAAACAGGCAGUAAAGCGUUGGCUGUUUUACAGAAUCUGCCCCGGAUAACUUUAGCAAACUUGCGCCCUGAUUCCGAUGCCAGACAGCCGAAGACGCGGCGGGGCAGAGGACAACAUGGUGGCAACAGAAGCGGUCGAGGACACAAAGGAGAGCGGCAGCAAAACAACCGGCCUCGGCUGGGAUUUGAAGGGGGUCAGACUCCGUUUUAUCUCGCGAUCCCUAAAUACGGCUUCAAUGAGGGACACAGUCGACGGCCGCAGUACCAGCCUCUGUCAUUGAAACGACUGCAGUACCUGAUUGAUCUGGGAAGAGUGGACCCAAACCAGCCCAUAGACCUGACCCAGCUGGUCAAUGCCAGAGGGGUGACGAUCCAGCCUCUGAAGAGGGACUACGGAGUCCAGCUCAUUGAUGAGGGUGCCGACAUUUUUGCUGCAAAAAUCAACAUUGAGGUUCAGAGAGCUUCUGAAGGAGCUGUCGCUGCUAUUGAGAGGAACGGAGGGGUCAUCACGACCUGCUUCUACGAUCCAAUAAGUCUUGGGAUUGUCAUCAAGCCCGUCCCGUUCUUCUUACGUGGGCAGCCCAUUCCAAAGCGAAUGUUACCGGGUGAGAAUAUGGUCCCGUAUUACACAGAUGCUGGAAACCGGGGUUACUUAUCGGAUCCAGAGAAAAUCCAGCAGGCCCGUCUUGCCCUGGCACAGAAGUAUGGAUAUAUUUUGCCAGACAUUUCAAAGGAUGAACUGUAUCGCAUGCUCUCCAUGAGGAAGGAUGUUCGACAGAUCUUCUUUGGCCUCGCUCCAGGCUGGGUCGUUAGCAUGUCAGAGAAGAAGAUCCUGAAACCAACUGAUGAGAAACUCCUGAAAUAUUACAGCUCAUAAGAGGUGUCAAAUAAAUCUUUAUGUACAGUAUCUCAUGGCAAAAAUCAGUAAAGAUACAGAUUUGUGGAUGUUGGAAGUUUCCAUUAUAUAAUUAAAAUCUGGAAAAAACUG